CACAGUUUUCUAAACAGCCAUCAUUGUUGAAGUAUCAUUGUUGGAGUAUAUUUUACCGGAGAAUAAAAAUAUUUGAUUAUUUUAUAUUUUUUACAAAAUAAAAACUAUAGUUUUAUAUUUGACGACUUUAAGAAUAAGCGAAUGCAGAAAUCUUAGUACUUAUUGAGUAAGCAAUCAUGAAAAAUAUUACUAAUGUCAAAAUAAGACGUACCUAAGGCAUGUGAAACGAAUGAUUUUCAAUCAAUUCGAAGUUUUCCUAGACGUCGUGCACCUUUACCGAGAAUGGCUGAUUUAAGAGAUCGAAUUGAAAGCUCACCUGAUCAUGAUGAAGAAGAUAGUUUAGAUGAAGAUGAGGAUGAUACUGUGGAAGAAGGUGAUGAUGAUAUUGAUGCAUCUAUAUGUACAAGCAAUCACAACAUAAGAGAUUUUGAAUAUGAGCUAGAAAAAAAGUAUCAUAAACCGAGAGAAUACUCUAUGCAUGCAGAAGAUCAUAAAAAAAAAAUUGAAAAGCAAAAAUCCGAAACUAAACAAGUCAAACGCACAGAGAGACAUAUAUUUUGUGGGGUUGCUUUCUUGAUUUCUGUUCUCGUUGCGUUAUUCUUUACAAGUACUCAUUCAAUAGCAGACAGCUCAAAAAAUGAAACCGAACUUUAUCAAUCAAAGAUAAAUCUUAUAAAAGAGUUAGAAAAAAAUAUUGAUUCUAUCAGUCAGACAUUUAAAAAACAGUCUCCGGAAAUCUGGGUUGAUUUUAUCGCAGGAAUAGCUGAAGUUGUAAAAUACCAAGAUAGACCGGCAAUAUUUAUUUUAUUUGCUAAUCAGGAUGAUACGAUGCUGUGUCUUGCAAAAAUGGUUGCUAAUGCUAGCAAGGCUGCUCUAGGUUCCGAUAACAAUCUCUGGCUUUCAGCUUCUGAUAUAGGCAGUGACUACGGCAUGGUUAUUAAUAAAUUUAAAAAUAAAAUUGAAGAACAAAAAGUUGUGAUAGUAGAUAAUUUAUUGAAUAUUGAUUCAAAAGCAAUGCUAGCAUUUCAUCACUUAUGUGAUAAAGAGAAUCCUUUAGUUAAAAAAGCAGUUUAUAUUAUCACGAUGGUUGCUGAAGGAUAUUCAACAGAACAAAAACCAAUCCAAUUUGUGGAAACUCAAUUGAGACAUAAAAUGAAAGAUGCUAUUAAUGAAGACAAAUUACAGCCACUGAUUACGAGGAUAACUGAUGGACCAAUUAUACCUAUUCUACCGGAACCAGAUUUCCGUAGUUGUCCCCUUCGUUAUUAAAGUCCAUAAAAAUUGGUAAUAUUAAUAUUUUAAUAUUUAUAGUAAAUAUUGAGAAUAUCUGUAUUCUAAAUAAUUCUAAGAAAGCAAUGUUUAUAAUACUUUCAAUUGUUAUUUAUAAAAUAAUGUAUAUUACUCAUUUUAUAAUACUGAAUUUUAAUAGUAUAGAGAGAAGAAAUUAAUGUUGUGACAAAUGUCGAAAUUAUUCAAUUUUAUUUAUUCUUUAGAU